CAGUCCACCACACCCCUCACGAAUUUAUCUUGGAUUCUUUAUCUUGCGCCAUCUUGCAUCGGUUCCUUGUUCCUUUAUGCCGCCUUUUUUGUCCGAUUCCUGGAUGCUUCUGGACCAUAGGUUCUCUCCACUAGAUUCUUGGAUUCUUGCGAAAUCAGCGCAGUCUAUUUUGGUGUCAAGAACUCAAGAUCUAUAGAACAGGCAUUUCUCCCAAAGUAGAGGCCUGAGUGUUUGAUGGCAUCUUCUGGUCUAAAGCCAGGCAUGCCUAUUGUUUUGCGGGAUCUAGAGCCAUCCUCAGAGAUGUUCAAGCAAGGGGCAUCCCUUCGAGUCACAGGAAAUCUUCAGUCAUAUGAUGUGGACUCUGCAAUUGCUGUCAUUCAAGAUGGCAGCGUGAGCUUGAAGGUUGACACCCAACAUCUGAGGGACAUCAGUUUCCGCACAAAUUUGACGUACCAGUUCAUCGGCGAACUUCUGAUCCAUCCAGAUAAUGAUGCAAUUCUACAGGCCCGCAUAGGAAGGAACACUGACGGCCUUGACCUCAACCUUUACCAGCAGUCUUUACUCAUCCUACGGCAGCAUGAAGCCAAACUACGAAGCUCCAGGAGAGCAUGAUAUGUUGCCAUGGAACAAGGUACAUAAUCUUCACCGUUCAGUUCUGUAGUUCGACGACCGCAAUGGAACCCCCCUUGCACAUGGGAACAGAACUGGACCACCUAGAGGCUUUGAUGAUGAGAAUUUAGAGGCACCUGUGUAUAAUUUGAGGGUCCACACAUAUCUGUUUCUGGCUGUUUUGUGGUAUGGCAUUUCUCUUGCUCCAGGAAGUGCUGCCUUGACAAAUGUGAUUGCAGUGAUCUUACUUGGAGUGUGGACAUUCGACAGUUUCUCUCUCUCAGUUAUGCUGCUUCAUGCUGUAAGUGAUUACAGCUGGAGGCCUGUGGAACUUGGCGGCAGAAUGCCAGGGUAUUAUUUAUGAAUUCUGCGUAGAAGUUUUGUAUGCCUCUUGGACCAUGUUUAACAUGAUGGGAUAAUGAAGCUUUGUGGACCAUGUUUAACAUGAUGGGACCAUGUUUAAAGAUGGAUCAUAUUUUUCAUAGAAAAGGCUUAGAAGCAACUACCAGAUUCAUCCACUGGGCCUAUUUUCAGUAAAAAUAUUGGCAUCAUUUAUGUUUUUUUUUC